AUGGAGAAUUCACACGCAACUCUCGCGGAUUCGGCUCAGCACAGCAAUGUCGAUCUUUCAACCGAGCAGCAGGACACUGAACAUGCAAACCAUGACGCCACAUCCAAAGCCCCAACAGCAUCAUUGUUAUCAUGGGCGGAAACCGACGCGACACACCUUCUGGCCACCAAUAUACCCCUAGCUCGCGCGCCCCGCGCAUGGGACCGCAAACCACAGUCGCCAUUUUCUCGCAAGCGACUAAAGGUCGGCAAGGUGUGGAAGCGAACGAACAUGGUAUCUACGGUCCUUCCGAGUGGCCCAUCUGCCAAACGUCGGGUAUCUCUCUCUCCUAGUAAGAAGGCUGUUAAGAAGAUUCGUCUUGAUGAGGGAGCAUCCAUUGGCGUGGGAGUCAACUGGGAAGGCCUGAGCAACCCGGAGCGAAGGAUUGUGACACGAGCUUCGCGGCUGGCUGAGCUCGAUCCUGCACCUCUGAUAGUGCUUGCCGAAGAUGGUGUCGCUCAAACGGGAGAAGAGAGCCAGGAUCACUUUUAUGUCGAUACAACAAGAGAAAGCAUUCCGGAGAUGACAGUAGGCCGCUGGGAAGACAUAGAUCUCAACCUCGAGGAGGAAGAAUUGCAAGUUGCGAUCACGACCGGAGAGGAGGUGGUCGAGGUCGUGUAUCAACAGGAUGUAGCGAAGGUGGAUCCAACAGGACCGGCGCCUGCACAUUUGACGGUGACGAUAGAUCCUUCAGCUUUGCUUGAGGACUCAGAACAUCAAGCGCGAGAGCUGAACAGCUCUAUCAGUGGAGGCAGGGAAAUCGACGAUACGCGUUUCGAUGAUCGUGAUGAAGUAGCGGAUCCUUCGUCAAAGGCUUUCCUUCUGGAGCCCUCCGCCAGCCUCACAGAGGCGGCUGCAAACGCCAGGUCAAUAUCAAAUGCGACUGAUGGAAACGACGAGAUUGAAGAAACUCCGCGAGACAGAGAGGCGCCUGGUCAAAACUCCAGCGAGAGAGUUGACACGCAGGCAGAGGCAGCGACGCCGUGUGACCAAGAACACAACGAGACCACAGCAAUUACAUUCGCAAUGCUCGCUCAAACACCCGUGCUUCCAGCUGGAUUUGCUACGCCCGUCAAAGACCGCCGACGUCGGCCAGUCCGUGAAGCUCGGCGAUCUCUAGCCGCACGUCGGCGGACCUUACCCGUUGACUUCACCGCUGACGACUCAAAUCCUCAAUCAACCACGAAAGUUCCACAUGCUGAACCAGCAGCGGUCCAAAAAGCGACCUCGCCGCCCCCAAAUCAGGGAGGCACCUCUGAGGCAACAACUGUGACAAGUCCUAUUGACACAGUCAUUGAUCCGACGGUCGAGCAUUCUGACAUGGAUAUUGAGAAUGAUUCAGGAGAAUGGGAAGAUAUUGUAGAUUCGGCCGAUGAGAACCUCCAAAGCGACCUGGAUGGCGACGAAACUGGGACGCAGAGUACCAAUGGAUUAGACCCAAAGGCAGUAUUGUCAGAGGUGGAGACAUUGCGUACAACGCCAGACCAAAGCCACCGUAUGUCAACGACUGGGCAAGAUGCUGGCGUAGUUGACCUGGAGCUCAUUACACAUCGUGAAGGUGAGAUUGAGGCUGAAAGAGCAUUUAUGCCUUCGGACCAAGUCUCAGCUUGCGUUGUACUGCCCUCUGGACAACAAGGUCAACACCCCGUCGAGUCUCCACGGAUUGCACAGGACAUUAUGUUGAUUAAUGUUUCCCAACAUGCUCUCGAGGCUCCGGCGCAUGUAGACAAUGACGCACAUAUCCAGCAACAAGACCUCGAAGAACCUCUGAACCGGUCGACCGCCCUACUACGUGCGAGGCGUCAAUCGUCUAGCCCACGAAAGAGCCGAUCCACAACUUCUUCUCAUCACCACCUGCCGCAUCUGGUGGCUUUCACACCUAUCAAGCUCAACAAUCAAUUAGCUCUUGAUAAUAGAAUGGAGGAGAAUGAGUCCGCAGCACUUGAGUCUGUCGAGUAUGAUCACGACCAAUCAACGGCAUAUUACGGCGAUGGCCUAAUCUCUCCGUCCGACAUUGAAAGCCUAGCAGCCGGUGCAGAGAAACUGUCGCCUUCGGCGAUGCGAUCUCUUUCGGCUCCGCCAGAGCCAGCGCAAGCAUCACCGCGCAAAUCUCGCCAGCCGCGCAUAUCGGACGAUACGGCCUUGCUCCAAGCGUUUUUGAGUCGUGCUGCGGAAAGCAAAUCCAAGGCUGAACGGCGCAUGUCAGCAUCUAAAAGAGAAUCGCUCGAGAAUAGACGGGAUUCUGAUUCUAUUCGAUUUGCACUUGCUAGCAGUCCGGUAGUCCCGCAAUUUCAGGAAAAGGAAGCAGACCCCGAGGUGCUCAAGAUCCUUGACCCCAACAGUCCAUCUCCUCGUAAGCAACAAGCCAUUGUGAACAAAGCGAUCAAAUCUGAGCAACCGAAAGCACUUCCGCAGCCACACUUACCAACUGAAGAGACGGAGAACACAGUUGUAGAUGAGGUACAACCCGAAUCUCGUAACAAGCGUCGCAGCACCCGGCCAAGAAAACAGACGCAAGUCCUCGACACAAGUGAGCGGACGGCAGCCGCUGAUUUAAGUUCUUCAACUUUCGGCCCCAACAAAAUCUCGAUUCGUCCGUUUGGUUCAGAUCCUGUCGUGUGGAAACGACCAGAGGCUCAAGAGAUCGCACUACUCACACGUACCAACACACGCAAGAACAAAGGUGCCCUCAAUCCACAACAGAGGCUGACAAAGUUGGCUGCCGAAGAGGCUGGACUUGUGCAGACUGAAGGUACCGACAUUGUUUCACUUGCAGCUGAUCCGCCUAAGAUCAAGGCCAAGAAUGUGCGCUGGGCCGAAACGCUGGCUUUGUUCCAAGCCGGACCUGUUGUGAUUGAUGAAGCAGUGAUAAUUGAGGUCGGAGAGCCAGCUUCGACUACAGUACUAACGGACUCGAACAUUUCGGAUGAGGUCGUCAGCAAGCCGUACAUCAAAAAGCUGAAGCCGCGUCUGACUCCACGUGCACCCAUCAACACAGAGACCAUAGACGAACUUGCAGAUGAGUCCGACGUAAUCACAGGGCCUCUAGCCUUCAACCUCCCAGAGGCGUCAUUAACGUCCACCAGUGAGGAGAAGGAAAAGUCGAAGCUCAAACGAAGAACGCGCAUCGCGACGCCCGCGAAAGUGAAAGUGGGAAUGAAAUCUUCGUCAUCUAAAGCGGACGACAAGUCCGUCCUGCUAGAGCGAGCAAUAGCAGCAGCCUCCGCCCCUGCACCAACCACCGAAGACGUGAACCCGGCCCCAAUCCCAGCUCCACGGCGAUCAUUAAUCUCAAAACUUCCCGCACCCGUCCCGUCAACGAGCGCAAUCAGCACCCUCGCACAUCCCGGCCGAGAACGAGAGACGUCUUCGCUCAUCGCCAGCCCUCCCAAGAAGAAGAUGCGCAUGCGGUCGUCGGCGCGACAGCAACAGCAGCUACCGCUGCAGCCAAAUGAGCCGACCGCGACGCUCUUCCCGACGGCAACAUCAUCUGGUCUCAAGCCUCCGUCGUCGGCAAGUUUCGGCUUCACGGGAGCAGCCGUGCCCAAGCUGGAAGCCUUGUCAUCGUCGAAGAGCGCCUCGCUUGCGGCAUCGGCGGAUACAACGCUGAUGCUGGUCAGCAGCCCGGCGAAGAAGGCGCCGAGGCUGUUUCCCAUGGGUUCCACUUCAACACAUACCGUCGGCGUUACUCGCGGGCGGGAACUGGAGGCCAUCAAAGGUAUGGGUAGUCCGGCGAAGAAGAGAGGACGGCGAGUCUGA